AUGCUCGAAAUCCGUCUGCUAGACCAUAUCGACUUUGGUUCAUGGUUCUCAGACUGGACGGACAGAGUGUCGACGCUGGAGACGGUCGGAAGCAUACCCUUGUCUGGUGUAGAUCCCAUUGGCCGUCUCCCAGCGUUAAGCAUGUUGAAGAGAUCAAUUCACACGACGCUAAGCGGAUGGGGAGAGGCUGGGAGGCUGUGGGAAGGAUUCAACUGGCCAGGAGUGCCACGUCGAGGCGGUAGGACCGUGGUCAUGUGUGUGUGUGAACAUGAGGACCAUGGACCAAGCCACAGAGGACAGGCUUCGUCAGUGAGCACCCGGGCGGAAGCCUUGGCUAUCGAGUGGUAUGCCGGGGCUUGGACGCUACGACCCCCCGUCGUGCUCAAGACAACGGACAAGACGGACAAGACGGAGCAGGCUGUCGAGCGAGUUGCGCUACCGGCAGGCCCGGUGGCAUCAGCACGGCACACGCUGGCGACGAUGGAGUGA